GAAGCGCGCCGGGGAGGACUGGCUGAGCGGCGGCGCUCGUGCUGGUGGGGUCCCCCGACUGUCCUGGCGCGGCCCUCGGCUGCCCGCUCCGUGGGCGGCGGACCUGCCUCGGGACCGCGCAGGCCCCCGGACGUGGGGCGCGGGCCCCACCCCAGCUCACCCACCGCCCGCGUGGCCGAGAGCCAGUCGCUUCGCUUCUCCGAGCCCAAGUUCCUGCAGCUCCGAAGUGGGGCGGGUGCCACCAGCCCGGCCUUCUCCCCCGGGUAGCUGCGAGCAUUUGCAGGACCCGGAAUGCUAUGCUGCUCUCCAUGAGCCGGUCACGGAGUCUGUGCACUGCAGCCCUUUCUGAACCGCUGGCUGUCGGGAAGCCCUGCUGUGCUCCUUACCAAGAUGAAGUGCGUCUUGGUGGCCACAGAGGGAGCAGAGGUCCUCUUUUACUGGACAGAUGAGGAGUUUGAAGAGAGUCUGCGGCUGAAGUUUGGGCAGUCGGAGUAUGAGGGAGAAGAGCUUCCUGCCCUGGAGGACCAGCUCAGCACCCUCCUGGCCCCAGUCAUCAUCUCCUCCAUGACAAUGCUGGAGAAGCUCUCAGACACGUACACCUGCUUCUCCACAGAAAAUGGCAGCUACCUCUACGUCCUUCACCUGUUCGGAGAAUGCCUGUUCAUCGCCAUCAACGGCGACGGCACGGAGGCCGAGGGGGACCUGCGGCAGAAGCUGCGUGUGCUCAAGUUCCUGUUCGAGGUGCACUUCGGGCUGGUCACCGUGGACGGCCAGCUCAUCCGGAAGGAGCUGCGGCCCCCCGACACGGAGCAGCGCGUCCAGGUGUGGGAGCACUUCCAGAGCCUGCUGCGGACCCACGGCCGCCUGCGCGAGCGGGAGCAGAGCUUCGCUGUGGAGGCCGUGGAGCGGCUCAUUCACCCUCAGCUCUGUGAGCUGUGCAUCGAGGCGCUGGAGCGGCACGUCGUCCAGGCCGUGAACUCCAGCCCCGCGCGGGCCGGCGAGGAGGCCCUGCACGCCUUCCUGCUCGUGCACUCCAAGCUGCUGGCUUUCUACUCCAGCCACAGCGCCAGCUCCCUGCGCCCAGCCGACCUGCUGGCCCUCAUCCUGCUGGUCCAUGACCUCUACCCCAGCGAGAGCACCGCAGAGGAGGAUGACGGUGACGACACUCAGCCUUCCCCACGGAGGCUGCAGAGCAGCCAGAACAUCCCCGUGCAGCAGGCCUGGCGCCCUCAUUCCUCGGGCCCCGCCCGGAGUUCCACAGGGACGGAGACAGACAGCUUCUCCCUCCCUGAGGAGUACUUCACCCCUGCCCCUUCCCCAGGGGAGCGGAGUUCAGGUUCAGGUAGCACCGUCUGGAUGGAUGGGGGAACCCCACCCACUGAUGACUCCCUGGUCCAGAUAGGAGAAGACACACUCCAAACGCUGUUGCCCGGCUCCCCAGCGCCUUCCUGCCCCAGACGGAUUUUCCUGGAUGCCAGUGUGAAAGACAUCUACUGCCCCAUGGCGCCCCACACCAUGUACUGCCUGCCCCUGUGGCCGGGCAUCAACAUGGUGCUCCUCACCAAGAGCCCCAGCGCGCCGCUGGCCCUGGCCCUGUACCAGCUGCUGGACGGGUUCUCCCUGCUGGAGAAGAAGCUGAAGGAGGGCCAGGAGGCCCGGAGCUCCCUGCGGUCCCACCCGCUCGUCGGGGACCUGCGCCAGAGGAUGGACAAGUUUGUCAAGAAUCGCGGGAGACAGGAGCUUCAGAGCACCUGGCAGGAGUUCAAGACCAAGGCCUUCUCCAGAAGUGACCCCGCCUCAUCGCAGGAGCUGCUCCAGCUGUGCGGGAAGAUGAAGCGGCAGCUCUGCGCCAUCUACCGUCUGAGCUUCCUGAGCACAGCUCCGAGCCACGGAGGCCCACAGCUAGCCCAGCACCUGCAGGACCAGGUCCAGGUGCUCAUGCAAGAAAAGCUGAUGGACUGGAAGGACUUCCUGUUGGUGAAGAGCAGGAGGAACGUCACCAUGGUGUCCUACCUGGAGGACUUCCCAGGCCUGGUGCACUUCAUCUACGUGGACCGCACGACCGGCCAGAUGGUGGCCCCCUCUCUCAGCCACAGUGACAGGACCUCGUCGGAACUGGGCAAGGGGCCCCUGGCUGCCUUUGUCAGAACCAAGGUCUGGUCUCUGAUCCGGCGGGCGCGCAGAUACCUGCAGAAGGGCUACACCACGCUGCUGUUCCGGGAGGGGGACUUCUUCUGCUCCUACUUCCUGUGGUUCCAGAACGAGAUGGAAGCUCCUGCGCUACUACAGCAAGGACCACCCGGCCGAGGUCGUCAGGUGUCACGAGCUGCUGGCCCUCCACCUGUCAGUCAUCCCCAUAGACGUGCUGGUGCAGCAGGCAGGCGAGCUGGCCCAGCGCCUGUGGGAGUCCUCCCGGGUCCCCCUGCUCUAGGCCGUGGGCAGUGCACCUGGCUCUCCACCCCCACCCCCACCUCAGACAUCCCUGCUACGGAGCCUCCUGACGGUAGCCACCUGAGGACGGACAGGCCCAGGGCAGCUCCAGGAUUUAUUUUGUUUCUUUUGUUUGUUUUCUUCUGUUCCCUUCUCCCCACCCCACCCCGGGAUUUCUUUAAAAAACCUCACCCAAAGCAGCCUCAGGCCAGGCAGUGACCAGACCCCCAGAACCUUCUGUCUGCAGGAAGAGGGAGGCCAGGAGGUUCCUUUGUCUCUAAAACAGCAGUGGCUGCCAGGUCAGAGCUGCCUGCUGUAUCCCAGGAGACAGGUGUCUGAGGACCCUAUCCUCUGCCUUUGUCCGAGGCGGGAGAGCUCCCUGGGGAGGCCCUUUCCCUUCCGAGAUGACAGGUGCUGAGUUCCAACCCUGCCACUUCCUCUCUCCCCACGUGAGGGCCGACAGCACUCCCUCAGGGUGUUUGUAAGGGCUGCUGGGCACGGGAGGAGCCUCAAUAAAUGCUGGUCAUGGUUA